GUCUGUGCUGGAUGGGGCAUCUCACAAUUGGCAGAACGAUGCCUUUAACUUUUAAAGUCCUGGGACAAAAUGGAAAAGUAAUUGACUGUUGAAAACGCUCCCUUUCUGGAUGCAUUUCAGCCUUUUUACAUAUGAAGCUUUGGAGGAGCUCUUUUCUGGCUGUUCUUGUUCCCAAGCCUGAUUCUCGCUUCUCACCGUCUCGCAGCUACAUACCCCGGAGGGCUGUUCUGUAUGUACCUGCAGAUGAUGAGAGAAAGGUGCAGAAAAUUGCAUCACUUAACGUGGAUUGUGCAGUGCUAGAUUGCGAAGAUGGUGUCGCUCUAAACAGGAAGGCUAAUGCAAGAGAGAAGAGUGUGAAAGCACUGGAAGAAUUUGAAUUUGGCCAUACUGAGAAAUGUGUUCGGAUCAAUUCAGUGAGCAGUGGUCUGGCUGAAGAAGAUCUGAAAGUCAUUUUGGACUCCAGCGUUCUUCCUACCAGCCUGAUGCUACCAAAAGUUGAAAGUGUAGAAGAAAUAAAUUGGUUUGCAGAAAAAUUUGCAUCACAUUUAAAAGGCCGGGCACGUGUAAAACCUAUGAAUUUUAUUCCUUUUGUGGAAACAGCAAUGGGGUUGCUCAAUUUUAAGGCUGUUUGUGAAGAAACUCUGAGGAAAGGACCCCAGAUUGGUCUUAAUUUGGAUGCAGUCGUCUUUGGAGGUGAAGAUUUUCGGGCCAGCAUAGGCUCCACGAGUAGCAAAGAAACCCUUGAUAUUCUUUAUGCCAGACAGAAAAUUGUCGUCACAGCCAAGGCUUUUGGCAUGCAGGCCAUCGACCUUGUAUAUAUCGACUUUCAAGAUGAAGAGGGACUCCGUAAGCAGUCAAGAGAGGGAGCCUUAAUGGGCUUCACUGGUAAGCAGGUGAUUCACCCUAAUCAAGUUGCUGUUGUCCAGGAAGAGUUCUCGCCAAGCUCUGAAAAAAUAAAGUGGGCACAAGAACUGAUUAUGGCUUUCGAGGAACAUCAGCGCGUGGGCAAGGGCGCCUUCACUUUCCAUGGCAGCAUGAUAGACAUGCCAUUACUGAAGCAGGCCCAGAACAUUGUUACGCUUGCCACAGCCAUCAAGGAAAAAUGAUCUGCCAAAUGAACCUUCCCCCAGGGGGUUCCAGGAGCUGUUUAAAGGAGGAUUAUAUAAUACUCAAAGAAUGAAAAAUGCAUCCGUUCACCCUUCAGCAGAACUCUGUUUACACGUCCUAUUGCUUCCCAUAUAUUUUUCUCACUGCGGACCCUAGCCGUUUUGUGUAACCAGCUUUUGUUCGGGCAAAGAUGAAAGCAAAAUUGGCUCAUUUGUGGAGAAAGGGGGACCAUUAAAACAAUCAACAACAUGGGCAAACUGAUUCAGAUUAAUAUAUGCCUCUGUGAAUUUUACUCAGAAGAGAACAAAGGGACACUUAUACUGAGUCAUACCACCAACUGCCUUGCCAACUCUGACUGGCAGCAUCUCCCUAGGUAAGAUGAUUUCCUAGCCUUCCUGGGUCUCACUAGUUUGUUUUGGUGGUCUUCCAUCCAAAUAUUCACCUGCUUAGUUUCAAAAACCAGGUCAGAUUGGACCUGUUCUGACAGGGAUGCCAGGUUCUUAUAUGUUCUGGUUGUGUGGAAGAGAGACUCGUAGCUGAUGGAGCUUGUCACUCAAGAGACAGCAAAGAUUAUCCCAUUGCCUCCACUAUGCAAUGACAAAAGAUACUGGAGCACUGCAUUCUUUUAAAUCUGGUCCAAUCGGAAGCAACAAGAGUUGCUAUCUGUAGAAACACAUAAGCUCACAUAUACUAGCUUCAAAGCCAUAGAAAUUCCUUCCUCAGCUAUAACCCUGGGACUUUCAAAAGAAGAUACAAAGGGUAAAUUCUACCUAGUGUGUCUUCAACUGUCUCAGACAUGAAAUGGGCAGUUCCCCUUUUGUGACACUGAUGUGUGGAAUGACUAUCUCCCCUUGAUUAUCUAAAUUUGGUAAUCCUUCCAAAUUUAAUUCUCUUAAAUCUGAGCAUGCACUGCUUUGUGGUGAACUAAUCUAAAAAAAAUUAAUUCGCUUAGUUCGCAAUCACCAAUGAAUGUGAUUCACCACCUGCCCCAUCCACUUGAAGAGUGCAAACUCAAAACCACUUCAUGUGGAUUAGUUAACCCUUUAAGAAGCCUGCAGUCAACCUUUUGUACUCUUUCUCAGAGAGGAUUAGAUUGAGAACCCAUCUCCAAAGUUAACUUUCCAAGAGAUGGUUCAGGAAAUAGAUGUUUUUCUGUGUCAGUGCUGCUGUGACAGAAAGUGCCUCAGCAUUGGAAAGGCAGCAUCACCAGCUCUCCUACAGUUUAGAGGCAUCACUAUACUCCUGGACAUGCAUAGAAGCAAUUUAAAGGAAACACUUAAAGUCUGAAUGCUAAUUCAAACAACCAGUUUUCUCUCAGCUUUUCCUGAGCUUCUUUUGUGUUCAUUACUCGUAGUAGUGGAAUUCCAAAGGCUCAGUAAUUGAUACAUUCCUUAUUUCUGCUUUCAUGAAGCUACAUUUUGUUACCAUUUCCAAAUUGGACUUAUUUUGUGAAAUCAUCCAGAUAACUAUAUUCCACUAUUACUAAGCUACACUAAAAUCGGCUUUGGGGAUGGGUUGCCCAAUUGUUCCAUUGAAUUUUAUUGAUGAGGACGAAUUCUAAAAUUUUGUAUACCACUCUGUGAGUAGACGACUAUUGAUGGAAAUAUCUUAAUAUGGGUUAAUCCAGAGGAGUACUAUAUGCCCUUGUGUAGGUACUGAAAAAAAUUAAUGUAAACACUGCCUUAUCAUGUUGCUGUCCAUAACCUGCAGAGUAGCUGUAUGGGACACUUGCCACUAGGCUGAACCCAGGGAGUGAGUCUAGUUCAGUAGUAGACUACUAGGAAGAGUGAGAGCAUCAACUAAGGUAGCAAAUAUUGGGCUUCAUUGGGAAAGAACAGCAGGAGUGCCCUGUGUGCUAAAUGGACGAUGCAGGACAUUCUUAGAUAAUGUUUAAGGUGGGUAGAAGAUGGUGUCCUAUCAACAGUGUUGAAAAGAUGCAACUGUUGACCCUGUUAGGUUUUGCACGUGGAAUGGGAGGAGACACCUCUUCAGUCAGAAAAAUAGCUUGGAUUGGGCCAAAUAGCAAACUUGUGCUUUACAUGCAGAUGGUACCAAAUUCAGAUCCCUGGCAUCUCCAAACAGGGCUUGAAAAGAUCCGUGAAUGAAAUGUAGGAAGAGCUUCUAUCACAGCAUAGGAGACAGUACUGGAUUGCAUUACAUACAAGACAGUAGAGGUUCUGUAAACAGUUAAACCUAUUCAUGAUACAGUACUUCCCUUUUGUAACAAGGGCUGCUUGGCUGGAUUGGGCCAAGAGCUGAAUGCCAACCCAAGCAUUGGUAUCUUCAAAAGUCCAGGCAUUCUUCAUGUCAGUCCUCAUAUGGAGGAUUUCAAGGAAAGGGUUUCCUCCCUCUGAGGUUGAGAGAGUGUGACUGUCUGAAUUAUAGCCGGUGAGUUUCCGUGGCAAGCAGAGGUUCAAAAUACCCAACUACUGCUGAUCUCAAAGUAAAUUCCAGUCAAUAGAGUCCUGCUCAGACCAGAAUCUCUAAUGAAUACAUGGCUAAAUUAAAUCUCACAGACAUCAAUAGCUCUGCUCUUAAGUAUGAUCAAAUUUUGAUCCAACUCAGUGAGGGCCCUUCCACACAGCCAUAUAACCCAGAAUAUCAAGAAAGAAAAUCCCACAAUAUCUGCUUUGAACUGGGUUAUCUGAGUCUACAAUGCCAUUUAUUCCAAUUCAAAGCAGAAAAUGUUGAAUUUUAUUCAGCUGUGUGGAAGUGGCCUGAGUUAACAAAAUUAGGAUACAGCGGUGUGGAUUCAGUGAGUAUGUCAUGAAGUGGAUGUACUUCAGGACUGGAAUCAGGUGAAGACUGAAUUCCAGAUAGGCAAACUCAGUCAAGAAAACAAGGGUCCUACACCUGCAAUUCCUGAUCACUACUGUUGAGGAUAGAAUGACUUGAAGGUCUCUCAUUCAUUGGAUUGCCAUAAACCAAAGUCAGCUCAAUGGCAGUUAACAAUAAUAAACUUCUAUAUCAUCUCUCUCACCUUGACGCUUUGCUGUCUGAAGCAGAGUAACAAAUGACACCAGCAAGUCAAUGUGGAAGGGAUCAGAACAAGGCAGGCUGUUUGGGCCCUUGAGGCAGGAGCUCCUACAAGCAUGUUUCUAUCCUUGGAUGCAAAAAAGAUACAUGGCUCAAAUUACUACUCUUUUGCUCUCUUUUUCCUAUCAUGGUGUCUAAAAUCUGCUGCUAGAAUCAUUCUACGCUCUUGUACAGACGUGCUUAACUUGGGACCUAACGGCAACACACUUUUUUCCCUUCCACUGCUUGUAAUGUUUCUAAUUCGAAGGUUUUUAAAAAAAGAGCUCUUCUCAAAUAUUAAUUGUAAAAAAGUUCCUGUGAUAGAAAACAGUUUCCACUGCAAUAAAAUAAUACACAUAA